UCUGCGCCGGUUUUGAUUUCUGAACAAGAGACCUCCGACCUCCUCUCACUCGUCUCCGCAAGGCGCACGCUAAACCCUAGACGCUAAAGCCCUGGAGCUUCACAAAUAGGGAGGGUUUUGGAAUCGAAUCCAUGUCGGAAAGAGCAGAUGACUCCGAUGCCCCAGAUGAGUUCACAUCCGAGCAGAUUUCGUCUAUUUUCCCUUUGCUAUCUUCCAAUUCCAAAAAGCAAAACAAUGAUAAUGACACAUGAUGGUUUCUCAAUUGCAGGGUUUCCAACAAGACGAGGACAUAAGGAAAGUUCAGAGAGAAAAUAAAGCUAGGGUUGUUCGUGAAGGAAAAGAACGCCACAGACAGUGGGCUCAAAAGAAAACACCAAGGCAAUCUGGAGGUGGUGAAAGUGCCAUUGGUUUGGUAGAUAAUGAAACACCCCAACGCCCUCUGGGUAGUGAUGGAAUGCUUCCAAAUGAUAUUGUAGAACUUCUUGCAGCUCGUGAGAAGUAUGUUGCCUCUCGUUCCCUGAAUGAAAAAAAUAAUAGGGCCUAUGUGUGUGUACGCACUUGUUUGAUUGUAUUUUGGAGCUUCAUCUCUGUGUAAGGUCCUAACAAAGCUGAUGGAACUGCAGACAAGUAUUUGCGUCAGAUUCUGAGGAAGAUGAGGUCUAGGAAAAGGCCAAGGAAAAGACCAUCUCAAAGAAGAAACGAGCCAAAGGCUCUGGGUGGGGAGCCUAUUCCUUCUUGUAUGACAAAAGAAAGCGAUCUAUUUAGAUGCACCGAAAAUAAUUUUCUCCUGAAUUAUAUUUUGCAGGCCGGAACCUGUUAUUUUGAAGGACAUAGUACCUGCACAAUGCUUACAAAAUUCCAUAGAAUUUUUGAAGAAAAGGAAAAUGCAAGUCUCAAGGUCAACUUCAGUUUUAAACAACUCCAAUCAAGCUCUGCGCCCCCUUUCUUCAUCUGGGUUGUUAAGUAACAAGUGACCGAGAAGUAAUCAUGUAAGCCCUGAUCUAUCAUAUGCAAGCCAACGUUGCACACUUGAACAGUUGAACCCACCAUCAGGAUAUGGUUGCCUGGUUGUGCAUGAUAACUUAGAAGACUAUCAAUGAUUUAAUAGUGAACCGAUGAAAUCUGUUUUGUACGAGUUAGAAUUACAUUGUUCAUUAUUGCUGGCAGCUGCAUCUUUUAGAUUUUCUAUUUAUGUUCCCAAAGAGACCAUAAAUAUAUGUGUGUUUGUUUUU